AUGUCAGUUGGGUUCUGGAGGUUUCUGAGCUGGUCAUGUGUUGGUGGAGCCGAAUUUAACCUGCAUCCUCCUCCCAGCACAACAGGUGUCCCCCUCCCGGGCCCCCUCCCCUCCCACCGGGCUCCCACCGGCCCCCGGGCCCCUUCCCCUCCCACCGGGCCCCCUCCCCUCCCACCGGGCCCCCUCCCCUCCCACCGGGCCCCGGGUCCCCUCCCCUCCCAUCGGCCCCCGGGCCCCCUCCCCUCCCAGCGGCCCCACCUGUCCCCUCCUAGCGGCGGGCUGGCCGUGACCCAGCAGCAGCCGUCAUUCAUUAGCUAUGGUAUGCUGGUGGGCCGGGGGGCCCGGCCGGUGCUCGCCCCCUUCGGUCACCGGAUCGGCGGCAGCUGCUCGGCCCCCGGAGCUAUUUUCUCCCUGGUGAUCGGGUGCAGCGCUCAGAGCAGCAUGAAGUCCCCCAGCAGCGAGCGCAGCGGCGCCAGCGGCGCCUCGGACCUGGACGAGCUGGACAGCGGCAGCUCCAGCGGCGGCUGCAGCCCCUGCAGGGACCCGGGCCCCCCGGCGGAGGGGCCCGGGGCCGGGGCCGAGCAGGGGAGCAGGAGGAGGAGGAGGAGGAGGCGGAGGAGCGGCGGGGGAGAGGAGCGUCUGCCCGGGGUGAGCCGGCAACGACAGGCCGCCAACGCGCGGGAGCGGGACCGGACGCACAGUGUGAACACAGCGUUCACGGCGCUGCGCACGCUCAUCCCCACCGAGCCGGCCGACAGGAAGCUGUCCAAGAUCGAGACGCUGCGGCUGGCGUCCAGCUACAUCUCCCACCUGGCCAACGUGCUGCUGCUGGGCGAGGAGCGAGGGGACGAGCAGCCCUGCCUGCGCUACCAGGGCAUUCUGCACGGACACGCGCUCAGCGCGCCCCCGCUCAGGCCCAUCUGCACCUUCUGCCUCAGCAACCAGAGGAAGCAGCUCAGAGACGGGGGGAAGCACUCGGCCGCCGUCUGAAACCAAGCGACUCCGGAGAGACGAGGAGUCCACCUCCAGGUUGUUCAUAUGUAGGACUUUGUAAAUAUAUAAAUAUAUUUAUUUUUUGGAUUACUUUUGAAAAACAAAAAGAACUGAAAAAUUCAACACUGACGAGCACUUUCUGUUCAAGUUCAUGUGUUUCUGGACCUCUGUGUUUUGGCUGAGUCGUAACCUGAGCUGAUGUGUGAAGCUGCACCUGACGUGGGGCUAUUUCGGUCCCCGCGAUAGUACCAAGCGCCCCCGACCACAACUACCCACCCCCACGUCUGCUUCCUCAAUAAAAAAAAUCAAAACGCCCCGUCACGUCGGCCUCAUGGAGGAAAACGAAGGGCAGCUUGUGCAGGACUGCUGUCGGUUUGAUGUUACCUUCAAACGCUGUCAGGAACGACACUAGUCUCUAUUCUUUCUCAUGUUUUAAUCAGAAAUUGAACUGUUUUGGCCUCAUUUCACCAUGAGUUGCUCACACCUUCGGUGAGGAAAUGUUUACUUUUGCAUCGUUGCACAAUAACUUUGAGGGUGGGACGGGGACGCGGCUCGAGCAUCGAGCUGCCUUUUGCACUAAUCUGGAGAAUAAACUCACGUAAUGAUUUUAAAAGUUAGCUGGAUGCCUGGACACUUACUGCCUGGCACUCAACUAUCACUGGGACAUGUUGCACACUACCUCAGAGCUGUGUUUAAAUUAAAGGCCUACCUCUCAAUCAGACGGGUGACAUGACUGUAUCGGAGUACUUGAAUUCCUGACAACUGUGUCCUUUGCACAAACUGAGAAGCUGCUUGAAGAAAAGAAAUGUAUUUUUAUACAAUUAAAAUAAAA